AGAUUCAAGCGAAUAUAGGUUAAUCUGAAAGUGUCAUUCGAAUCAAAACAAAGUUGUUUCUUUCAAAGAUGGCUCUACAUUCUCCUUCAAAACUUCUAAAGUUGUCCAAACCAGCUAUUACUGUUUUAUCAGCAGCAUAUCAUCCCAAAGUGAUCGAUCAUUAUGAAAAUCCUAGAAACGUUGGAUCACUGGAUAAGAAUGACAAAACCGUUGGCACAGGAUUGGUUGGAGCCCCUGCCUGUGGUGAUGUUAUGAAACUUCAGAUUAAAGUCGACGAAAAUGGAAAGAUAGUUGAUGCAAAGUUCAAAACAUUUGGUUGUGGUUCAGCAAUAGCUAGCAGUUCAUUGGCUACUGAAUGGGUCAAAGGAAAAACUGUUGAUCAAGCUGCCCAACUCAAAAAUACAGAUAUUGCUAAAGAAUUGUCGCUUCCUCCUGUUAAACUUCAUUGUUCGAUGUUAGCAGAAGAUGCCAUUAAGGCUGCUCUAUCAGAUUAUAAAGUCAAACAAAAAAAGUAAAGGCAGCAAUAUCUAGAAUGUGAUAUAGAUCUUAAAAAAAUAUUAUUAUUGUGUCAUUUAUUGUCAAGUAGCAAGCAAUAGAUCUUCAAGUUGA